UCCGGGCCGGAAUUGGGGGUGAAGCUCCAGCGUUGUGCCCACAUUCGGGGCGCGCGGAGCUGAGGGGUCCCCGGGGGGCGCCCGGAGCUAAGAUGGCGUCCGCAGCCGAGGGGGACGUGGGAGCGGUGGCGGAGCUGGCGACGGUGCUGCGGUGGGGUUUCCAGAACCUGAGCCUUAACAAGUUGGCGACGUCCCUGGGCGCGUCAGAACAGGCGCUGCGGCUCAUCAUCUCCAUCUUCCUAGGUUACCCCUUGGCUUUGUUUUAUCGGCAUUACCUUUUCUACAAGGACAGCUACCUCAUCCAUCUCUUCCACACCUUUACAGGCCUCUCAAUUGCUUAUUAUAACUUUGGAAACCAGCUCUACCACUCCCUGCUAUGCGUCGUGCUUCAGUUCCUCAUCCUCCGGCUGAUGGGCCGCACCAUCACUGCCGUCCUCACUACCUUUUGCUUCCAGAUGGCCUAUCUUCUUGCCGGAUACUAUUACACAGCCACUGGCAACUACGAUAUCAAGUGGACGAUGCCACAUUGUGUCCUGACCUUGAAGCUGAUCGGUCUCGCCAUCGACUACUAUGACGGAGGGAAAGAUCAAAAAUCCCUGUCCUCUGAGCAACAGAAAUACGCCAUACGCCAUGUCCCUUCCCUGCUGGAGGUUGCUGGCUUCUCCUACUUCUAUGGGGCCUUCUUGGUGGGGCCCCAGUUCUCAGUGAACCACUACAUGAAGCUGGUGCAGGGACAGCUGACUGACCUACCAGGCAAGAUACCAAACAGCACCGUACCUGCUCUCAGGCGCCUGAGUCUGGGCCUUAUCUACCUAGUGGGCUACACCCUGCUCAGCCAGUACAUCACAGAAGACUAUCUCCUCACUGACGACUACGAAAACCACAGCUUCUGGUUCCGCUGCCUGUACAUGCUGGUCUGGGGCAAGGUUGUGCUGUACAAAUACGUCGCCUGUUGGCUGGUCACGGAAGGCGUGUGCAUCCUGACGGGGCUGGGCUUCCACGGCCUUGACGAGCUCGGGAGGGCCAAGUGGGACACCUGCGCCAACAUGAAGGUGUGGCUCUUUGAGACAGACCCCCGCUUCACGGGCACCAUCGCCUCUUUCAACAUCAACACCAACGCCUGGGUGGCCCGUUACUUCUUCAAACGACUCAAGUUCCUUGGAAAUAAACAACUAUCCCAGGGCCUCUCAUUGCUAUUCUUGUCCCUCUGGCACGGCCUCCACUCAGGGUACCUGGUCUGCUUUCAGAUGGAAUUCCUCAUUGUUAUUGUGGAAAGACAGGCUGCCAGCCUGAUUCAAGACAGCCCAGCCCUGAGCAGCCUGGCCUCCAUCAGGGUCCUGCAGCCCCUCUACUAUCUGGUGCAGCAGACCAUCCACUGGCUCUUCAUGGGUUACUCGAUGACUGCCUUCUGCCUCUUCACGUGGGACAAAUGGCUGAAGGUGUAUAAAUCCGUCUAUUUCCUUGGCCACGUCUUCUUCUUGAGUCUACUAUUCAUAUUGCCUUAUGUUCGCAAAGCAAUGGUGCCGAGGAAAGAGAAGUUAAAGAAAAUGGAAUAAUCUGUUUCCCUGGUGGCCCAGAGCAGGACUGGUGCAGAAACGACUCGCCUCCCUUCCCACAGCACUCCUUCGUCCCAGAGCACAGAGAACCAGAAGCCAGGGUGCGGGAAGACGGGGCUCCCCCAGCUGUGCCUCUGCUGCCGGCCACGUCUCCAUCUGGGGCCAAAGGGGAGACUCUCGUGGGAGGAGUAGAGGGGUCCAUUGUCUCCCCUCUGGGCUCCCCCAUGCACGUUGCCUUAUCUCUCCCCCUCUAGCCAGGAAUCUGUUGUGGUUUUCUUCCGCCAAUUUACUAUGAUUGUAUAUGUGCCGCUACCUCCGCCCCCCCCAUGGGGGGAGGGGAGGGGCACGGCCCCGCCUGCUCCACUUUUCUACCUAGGACUGUACCAGAUAAAGUCACCUCAGUGUGUUGUUUUUCACUGCUAGCGCUCCUGGAUGCUUUCUUUCAGACACAGCCCUCCACACCUGCCAUGGCUGAAAUAAUCAGGGCUCCCUCCUUUAGGGCACAAAGCCCACCUGCGAAGCCCAGGGCCAAACUGCAAACACCGUAACCUCAUGUGUCUUCCUGAGGUCUGAGGGGUUACACCAGGUCACACCAUCAGAGGCUGCUGAGCUUAGGAAUCCCCAAAGGACAACCAGGUUUGCAAGAACAAUGUUUAUAAGAUAAACAAAUAGCAGGUGUACAGCCUGGACCCGUGCAAACCCCGGUCUCGGUGCAGGAAGGGGGUCUUACAGCAGUCAGCUGAGCACCGGGGCGGGGAAGCAAUGUCCACAGUCUCUGUGUCAGGGCAGGGCGCUUCUGUCAAAUGACCCCCCAGGCUUCUUCAAAGGCUGUGGUGAGCUUUGCACAGGUGAGGGCAGCAGAGAGGGGGUAGUUGCUGAUGGACACCAUCUUCUCUGUGUACUCCACGUCCACCUGGGGAGAGGGCAGUCAGUCAGCCGACUCUGUCACUCCGUCACACGUUCAGCCCUUGUCUAGGGCAGGAAAACUACCAUUUCCCAGUGCUGUUUAAUACCAGUGUGGGCAAAGGACGGAGACGGCCCUGGCUUUGACCAUGACACAUAUGCCAGCGUUCCUCAAAGGAUGCGCCCUGGGGGCAGGAAAUGGAAGCUUCAUCUGUCCCCAACUUAUAAGGACAAGGAUCGUCAAAACGCUAAGUGCUCCUGGGAUUCUGUCCUGAGCUUCAGCUCCGGGAAGAAUCUAAGAGCUGAGCCCAGGCCUUACCCUGCCGUGGGCGAAGGCCCCCACCACAAAGACAACAGGGUCGCUGCUGGGCACCAGCUCCCGCACAUCGCCGAUGACCGGGACAGAAAAAGAAGUGCCGAUUUUCAUACACCCAACUGGGAAGUGACGUGACACUGGAUUCUUAAUCACCUAAAGAAAAACAGAGAAAUCAGCCCCA